AGAGAAAGUGGUCCCAGAUCCCAACACACUGCUUGGGAAUCAUGUCUCUAUAAGCUGGAUUCCGUGAUAGAUAAUAUGUCUAAGAAAGGCGCAUGGAUGAAUUUAAUCAAAAGACCAAUCGAAUGUAUACCCGCAGUUAUUCUUGGUCUUUUACUCAAUCUUUUAGAUGCUAUAUCUUAUGGCAUGAUUACUUUUCCAUUGAACAACCCAAUAUUUGCUGCUUUUGGUCCUGAUGGAAUUUCCAUGUUUUUCGUUAGUUGCAUUGUUUCUCAGCUUGUAUAUUCAUGUGGCGGAAGUGCAUUUCCAGGUGGAAAUGGCAGCGAUUCCUUAUACUCUAUAGUCGUUCCUUUUCUCCACAUCAUUGCUGAGAAGAUUGUAGAAACAGUCGGGGCAGAUAAUAAUCAAAGAGUUAUCUCGACCACGGUAGUUGCGUUUGCCUUGAGUAGUAUCAUGACUGGGUUAGCAUUCUUCUUGUUGGGUGCACUCAAGUUAGGCUCCUUGAUUGGCUUCUUCCCUCGUCAUAUCUUGGUCGGUACAAUUGGCGGCGUUGGUUGGUUUUUAGUGGCUACAGGUAUUGAAGUAUCAGGCCGUUUAGACGAAAAUCUCGAAUACACUAUCCCCAUGUUUAAAAAGAUAUUCUUCGACACGCAUGUCCUUUCCCUCUGGGCAUCUGCACUUGGUGCUGCUCUGCUUUUGCGUGCGAUCCAGCACCGUAUCACAAGCCCGCUGGUAGUUCCUGGGUUCUUUAUAGUACUUCCAAUUGUUUUCUUCUUGGUGGUGUUUUUGGGAGGAUUUGAUGUGAAUGAGGUGCGCGAUGCGGGUUGGAUAUUUCCUCUUGUGGAGAGUAAUCUACCAUUUUGGCACUUUUAUACCUAUUAUGAUUUUACCGAGGUGGACUGGGCGGCUGUGGCACAAACAGUUCCUGCUAUGCUUGCCUUGACUUUCUUCGGUGUCCUUCACGUCCCGAUCAAUGUCCCUGCUCUUGGCGUUUCUACAAACCGAGAUGGUAUAGAUGUCAAUAGAGAGUUGGUUGCACACGGUGUGUCAAACGCUUUAUCAGGAUGCCUGGGAACUGUACAAAAUUAUCUUGUAUACACCAAUAGUCUACUGUUUAUCCGCACAGGAGGAGAUAGCAGAUUGGCAGGUCUAAUGCUUGCUGCGGCCACGACAACCUUGUGGAUGGUCGGCCCUUGGAUAGUCGGAUACAUUCCUGUCAUGGUCGUUGGAAGUCUUAUUUUCCAUCUGGGAUUAGAUCUUCUUAAAGAGGCUUUAAUUGAUACAUGGCACGCUGUGCAUUAUCUCGAAUAUCUCACCAUAUGUGCUAUUGUUGCAUGUAUGGCCGUUCUUGGUUUUGUUGAGGGUAUUCUUGUCGGAAUCAUUAUGGCCUGUAUCUUCUUUGUGUUGCAAAAUUCUCGGCGCACAGAAACAAUCCGGGCCACAUAUACUGGCCAAUUAAUGCGAUCCACCGUAAGGCGUCUUUAUCGUCAGCAGAAAUUCCUUGGAGAGGUGGGUGGUCAGAUUCAGGUGGUCAAGAUCCAAGGGUAUCUUUUCUUUGGCACAAUCAACCAAGUUGAAAGCGCUAUUCGCGGAAUGCUUGAUGAAUCUGUUUGGAAAGAGAACCCAAUUCGCUUCCUAGUUCUCGAUCUUCAACUGGUCCAAGGCCUUGAUUUUAGUGCAGCCGAGGCAUUUGUACGAAUCCGUCGCCUUCUGCGCUCACGCCAGGUGUUUAUGAUUCUUUGUAACGUCGCACGCCAAUCUGAUGUCGAAAAGGCUUUGGUAAAGUCUGGAAUGUGGGACGACGAAAACAAUGUGGAUAGUGAAAGGGAUUUGGUUUGUUUCGAACACCUCAACGAAGCUCUUGAGUGGUGUGAGAAUAUUCUCUUACAGUCAUAUUUUGCAAAGCGACCUCAGCACCGCUUACCAGGUACAUUAUUUUAUUUUUAUUCUUUUGUGCCUGUGUCUACAUCGCACAAUGACAAUACCAUGCAGGUUGAUCACAGUCCUUCGAAUGCUUCACCUCGUCACAAUAUGCUCAAGCAAGCUGUUCAACAUGUAUUCAAAGAUUGGCAUGGACCUCAUACGCAUCUCAAUAUGUCUCAGCCCACACUUAUUCUUGUACAAGCGCUCGGUGAAUUGAGUGACGAGGCUUUGCCGGUCGAGUUCUUCCAUAAGCUCGGCACAUACUUUGUAAAGACGACUUACGCAAAUGGACAGGCAGUCUGGAACGAAGGAGAUGUAUGCGAUAAUCUAAUGGUGCUGGAACAAGGAUCAUUGCGUAGCUUGAUGAGAGUAUCACCACAUCAAGAAGUCACAGUCGAGACAAUCUUGCCUGGGACGGUUGUUGGAGAACUUGGCUUCAUAACUUCUAGUCAAUCACGUACCCGUGCAUUGAUGGCUGACCAGGAUUCUACACUCUGGACGCUUACAAGAGAGUCUUUUGAGACGAUGCUUAAAGAUGAUCCACAAAUGGCCAACCAGCUAAUUACUCUUACACUUUAUUUCUCUUCGGAUCGUCUUGAUAUCAUGACCCGUUAU